CGAUGAGUACUCUUCAUACCAAACGGACUGAGAAUUCGUAUUUACAACAGAACAUACCCACCAACCAACCCAUAUCGAUUCCGGUAAAACAUUUUAUUUUCGAUGGAGGCAAAAGCAUGAGUAUAAUACACGUCGAACGCUGAGCUGAGCAUUAAAAGCACCGAAACAGAACCAAAAUAUUGUAUUUAUAUCAAUGUCGGUGGGGAAAAUAUUGUAAUAUCAAUAUAAAGACGCAAAGAAACUACUCCAGCUGGUAUAUGUUUUGUGCUGUUGUUGUGUAUAAUAUACAGUCGAAAAGGUAUUAAGCGCGGAGAUUUCAUUUUAAUAUCAUUUAAAGACUUCCUCUCUUUCAACAUCAACUUAGUCGAGUUUAGUCGAUCUGGCCGUAGCGUAUUCCGUGUUUUUCGUUUAGGUUUUUUUGUUAUAUUAUGCCCGUGUAAAAAGCGUUUGAAAGACAAUUUUUCGACCGAAGUUUUUAAAACGAACAUAAACAAUUUAUUGUAAUGUACAGUAUGCGGAAUACGGACAACAAGUAAAAUUUGUUUGUAUAUUUUGCGUGGUUCAUCGAACAUUUUAGUAAAGCUGAAUCGAGCUGAACAAAAACAAAAAAAAAUCGUAAAGAAACAAAACAAGCAAAGGUGCGUGUGUAAUUAACUCGUGUCGUGUAUUUCAAAUGGUUAAUAAUAGAUCAGCGCGUAAUUAAGCGGAUUGAUUCAAAUUGUAAAUAAUAAUUCAUAUUGCGGAGAGUUUACGUUUGUUUUGAUCAUAGAAUUCGGUUCGCUUCAUUUAUUUAUAAAAUAUUUAAUUGUUUAUGGUGUAAAUUGAAUGUAAAUACGACACAGACACAGUACAGAUAGAAUAGGUUGUGUGGUUUACAGAACAUGUGUAAAUCGAAAAAUAUUUUUGUUUUUUUCAUGAAUCGAAAGUAAAUUGUUUAUCGUUUUUUUUGGCUGCAUUUUUUUUCUGUUCGUUCGAACAUAAAACGAGACAUUUUUGCUGGCGUUAACACAAAAUAAAAAUAUUUUCAUUUACAAAAAGCGAGUCAAGAUAACCAGCGCUAAAUUUUUAUUUGUACGCAUUGCAAUCCAGAAAUUCAAGUUUUUUAUGGUUUCAAACACAAAAGACAUUUAACAUUGAAUUCAGCUUACCAUCCGAUGUUUAUCUCGUGAAAUUACAGAAGAACGUGUCGUUUACCUUUACAUAAAUUUACUCUACUAAAUCGUUGCACUUCUGAAUUCUAAUUACCAUCGUCUCUAAUAAAACCGAUAAAACAGAAAGUGUUGUUUCCCUUUGCCGGAAAAGUUUCGAUUUUUCAUUUUUUGUUAUUAUCCAUACAUUCGCACAAAAACGUUGAACGAAGUGACGAUAUCGAAGGAGAAUACAACAAAAAAAAAAAAAUCGAUGUGGUGUUGAAUUUGGGAAAAAGGAGAGAAAAACAGCUGAUCGUCAAUGGCAACAAUAGAUUCCGCUACUGCCUGGAACGAUGGUGCUGGAUGUAGAAAUAAGUGCACAACGCGAAUUCCUGAUAUGCCAAGGCAUAAAACAACGGAAACGGACGGUGGCACAGGGCCGUACAGUUCCAAUGUAGAUGGUCCGUGCGCAAUCUCACCAAAGAAUGAAAAAUCUGAACACACUUUGCACAAUAGUACGAUGCCUUCAACAUUACCAUAUCAGCCAAAUCAGGAUACUACCGACAAAACGAUUGAAAUCGAUGUAGCUAAACUAAAUUUAAACAAAGACGUAGUACCAUCAUCACGCACCACCAGCGAUCAGUCAACGAACCGUAGUAAUUUAAAUCUAAGUAGUAGUGAUGUAUCCAAACCCGUACCGACAACAUCAAAUACCGUUGAUACGUCCAAAAAAGUCCAAUUGUCAAUGUGCCAUAGAUCCAAUAUACCCCCUCACAUACGAAUUUUACCUAAAACACAAUCGUUGGAUUUAGUUGACGACCGGACGGAUGAUCAUCAGUCAUCCAAGUCGUCGGACGUUACACCAUCAGUUGCAGGAAUGAUGCCAAAGUAUCAAUCGCUAGAUCAAACUAGACCAAUUUAUCCGAAUGUGCCAUAUUCGCCAUAUGGAAGUCCAUACGGUAGUCCAAGGAGUGGUAGACGGCGUCCACCAUUAAGGGAAUCGAGACGCGUGUCGAUCGAACAAACUGGAAGCUUUUUACAAUUAAAUCAAUACAAAUUAAUGGAUCAAAUUGGACAGGGCUCGUACGGUCUAGUCAAAUUAGCUUAUUCGGAAGAAGACUCAACCCAUUAUGCCAUGAAAAUUUUAUCGAAACGAAAACUACUGCGUAAGGCAGGACUUAUGGGCAUUGGACGUGGUCCGAAGAAAGGAACCACGUCGUAUCUGGAUCGCGUAUACAGAGAAAUUGCCGUACUGAAAAAGUUAGAUCAUCCGAAUGUUGUAAAAUUAGUGGAAGUGCUUGAUGAUCCGCUGGAGGACUCGUUGUACUUAGUUUUUGAACUGGUUCAGUUGGGAGAAGUACUUAGCAUUCCGACGGAGACACCGAUGAGCGAAGAGCGAGCAUGGUGUGUCUUUCGUGACGCUCUACUAGGAUUGGAAUAUUUACAUUACCAACGCAUUAUUCACAGCGACAUCAAACCUGGUAAUUUACUUUUGGCUGAAUGUGGCCGUGUCAAAAUUGCUGAUUUGGGUGUUUGUAAUGAGUUUAUGGGUGAAGAUGCUUCGAUGAAUAAUGGCACAGUAGCCGGAACACCAGCUUUUCGUUCACCGGAGACAUUAUUAACAGGACAGCAUUCAUACAGUGGAAAAGCUGCAGAUAUUUGGGCAUUAGGAGCGACAUUAUAUGCACUGGUUUUUGGAAAUGUGCCAUUUUCUGCAACGAAUGUGCCCGCUGUUUAUGAGAAAAUUAAGCAUGACGACCUGGAAUUUCCGUCGACAGCAUCUAUUAGCGAUGAUUUACGUGAUUUGAUAAUGAAAAUGUUGGAUAAAGACCCGGCGAAGCGUAUAACAUUGCCGCAGAUAAAGGAACAUAGCUGGGUCACGAACGACGGCAAAACGCCGUUGCCAUCUGAAGAGGAAAAUUGUCGUCUCGUUCAGAUUAGCGAUGAGGACAUCAAUUCGGUGGUCAAAAGCAUUCCAAAACUCGAUACGCUCAUUCUAAUCAAGACGAUGUUGAAAAAACAUUCGUUCCUCAAUCCAUUCUCGAAAGGCAUAUCCGGCCGAGCACCGAUGCGCGGCGGAUCCCGUUUGGAACGGUUCACCCGAGCUGGUCGAUCGAAUUCAGCGCCCGGUGCCUAUCAUAUGGUGGAGAGGCAACUAUCUUCCGAUAGCAUUCUGCCUUCGUUGACGGAAGGAGUAAGCACUUCCGUUAGUACUUCCAAUUCAUCUGACGUUGAAGAGGAAGGAGGCGAAAAUGGUUGUUAAGUUUUGAUUCUCUUUUUUUUAUUGAUUAUUUUUUCCACUUAAUUUUUGUUUGUUUUACAUUAUGGGAGACUUGCAAUAAAUUUUAAUUUUUUUUUAUUUU